CCUACUUUUUCCUGGAGAAGAUGAGGAUGAAGAAAUCAGUGUUGAUCAGUCAAAAUAUAAUGCAAAGAAAAGAAAAGAAGAACUUCCUAGAGCUCCGAAGAUCUUUCACUCAUUUUCUUCUGACUCCCAAAGGAUGCAGAAGACUGGAUCUACUCAGAAGUCUGUGUUUGCCAAAUCUAAGCCAACAAAAUUUUUACCAAAUAUCCCUCCUAAUUCCCAAAGUCAUCACACUUCUAAUGUACCUAAGAGGACCCACACACAUUCUGACCAGUCUCGAAGGAACCAUGCAACUGCUGAUCCACCUGAGAGGAGCCGCAUUAACCCUGACCCGCUUCAGAGAAGCCGCACUUCUAACCAGCUUCAGAGAUUCCACACAAGCUGUACUUCUCCCAACUUGUCUGACAAUGAUUGCACUCCACCUGACCUGCUUCAGAGAUGCCAUGCUUCCCCUGAUUCACGACCAAGAAAUAGUGCAACUGCUGAGCCGUUUGAGAAGGUCCAGACUACCUCUGAUCCACUUCGAAGUGGCCACAAAACUUCAGACUCAGUUCAGAGAGGCCACAAUUCCCCUGAUCCGCUUCAGAGAAGCCACACAACUGCUGAGCCGUUUCAGAAAGUCCACACUUCCCCUGACCUGCUUCAAAGAAACCAUGCAAAUGCUGACCCGUUACAAAGAAGCAACACUUCCCCUGACCUGCUUCAGAGAAGCUGUAUUUCUCCUGACUUGUUUGAGAUAGAUUAUACUCUCCCUGACCCUUUUCAGAGAAGUCACUCUCCCCCUGACCCACUGCAAAGAAGCUGCACUUCCCCUGAUCGGCGUCCGAGAGGGAUUGUUUAUCACCAGCCACAAGGACUAUUAAGACACC